AUGGGCGCAUCAUAUAUCGCUCUCGCAGGAAAUUUGGGUCCAUUAAAGAGAAUUACCGGACUUAUUGAAAUUUUGGAUUUUGACUUAGCAGUGCGUGGCGAUGGUCCUGUUAACCAUGAUGGGUGUAUCCAGGCAGAGGUAUACCGGGCGCCUGAGGUUGUGCUAGAUAAAGGAUACAGCUAUAGUGCUGAUAUCUGGAGCUUAGGAGUCAUGCUGUGGGAUUUCCUUGAAGGCAGAACCCUUUUCCAAGAUGUCGACCCUCUACAUGUUGAGGAGUAUUAUGAUGAACAACACCUCGCGUUGAUAACUGCACUCCUAGGUCCUCCGCCAAAAGACCUACUUGACAAGGGCAAGCGGACAUCAAUGUUUUACAAGUCAGAUGGGACUCUGCAAAAUCCAUCAUUGAUCCCGGAGGACUUCACUUUCCAAAAUACGAUCUGCAAUAUGAGUGGAGAAUGGAAGAGAAGAUUCAUCAACUUUGUGCAGCGAUGA